UGCGCUCCAGAGGGGCCCGGGCGCGGCGGCGGAGCGGCGGCGGCGGCGGGAGCGCGGGGGUCGCGGCGGCAGCAGCACCCGCCAGCAGCGCCGCAUGCCCGGGCGGGCGGAGGCGGCGCCGUCCAUGCGGGGCGGCGGGGCCUGAGGGGCGGCAUGAGCCAGAGCGAGGUGUCGGCGGUGGCCGCGCCGCCGCCCAGCCAGCGCGUCUUCCAGGAGGCGGUGCGGCGCGGCAACACCAAGGAGCUGCAGUCGCUGCUGCAGAACAUGACGAACUGCGAGUUCAACGUCAACUCCUUCGGGCCCGAGGGGCAGACGGCGCUGCACCAGUCCGUCAUCGACGGCAACCUGGAGCUGGUCAAGCUCCUGGUCAAGUUCGGCGCCGACAUCCGCCUGGCCAACCGGGACGGCUGGAGCGCCCUGCACAUCGCCGCCUUCGGGGGCCACCAGGACAUCGUCCUCUACCUGAUCACCAAGGCCAAAUACUCCGCCGGCGCCCGGUGAUGCCGGCGCCGCGUCCCCCCCCUCCGCCAUCCCUCCCCAGCUCCCCCGGCCGCCGAAGCUGCUCCCACCCCCGCGCCGGGGUCGUUUGGCGAAGAUUUGGGGCCCCACGCAAAACACGCCACCGUUCGCCUGCUUUUAAAUUUUAUUUUUUAAAUAUUUUUUUUUCUCCUUCCAAGGGUUGUUUUCCUACUGUAAUGUGGUUUGGUUUUGUUUUUUUUUGUUUUGUUUUUUUUUUUCCUCCAUCUACCUCGGCUGCACUCACAGUAUUCACGGUUUCAGUUUGACAUCUGGUCAGAUGCUUUAAGGGCUUCCCCGUCCCCCCCCCCCGCUAAUAUUUAAUCCUCCCUCCCUGCUCCCCUCGCUCCCUCCGACUUAAAGUAUUCUGGCUCAGAACCGAGUUCAUUUCAACGUUCCCCCCGGUGCCCCCGGAGCGGGGCCGGCCCCGGGAGCGCUGCCCGGGCCGGGCCGGGGCUCCCGCCGCCCUUCCCCGGCGAGGAAGAGCAGGGAAGGCUUCCUCCCCUCCCCACCUUCUCCCAGUGUUUGCCCACCGCUGAUUUAUUUUUUUUCUUUCCGAGGCGACUCCAUUGGAAUAUGACAGACCCGGUUUUCUCACCCCACCCCCCCCUUUUUUUUUUUUUUCGUGUGUGUUCUUUUGCGUUGGGUUUUCUGCUUUGGUGUUUUUUGGUUUGUUUUUUUUUUUUUUUGGGUGUCCGAAGAAAGUCUGCGUCCUCACCCGCUCCUCCGAUCCGUUUAGCACACGUGAGAUCCCAGGAAAAGACAUUGAAUCCUUCUGGUUUUGUGUGUAAAGGGGGAUUAGCAAAUCCUGGACUCUUUUUUUUUUUUUCUUUUUUUUUUUUUUUUUUUUGAAAAGUGAAAUAAACUCUAGUGGCAGAGGAUUUGCUUUUGCACAGAAAAGGAGCGCGAGCGCUCUCUGCUGCCUAGAGAGAUGCCGGAAAACUACUGAAAAUAGUUUGGGAACUUUUUUUUUUUUCUUUUGGUGAAACUUGGAUAACACUUCUCAAUGCAGAACGAUUCAUUUGACGUAUGUAGAUUCACCCGCCUUUUAUAUUAUAUAUAUAUGCCUAAAUAUAUAUAUUUAUAAAAGAAAGGGAGGAAGAAGAGAAAGCCACCCGAAGUCGCAUUUUGAAGUGACUGCACGUAUAAUCGCAAAUGCUGCUUUUUAUUGCUAUGGCACAAGAACAUCCAUUUGGAAAAUGCAGAAAAUUUCAGAAGUCUCCUUUCUCCCGCUGAUCUUUCAGCCCUCUUCUCUUCGUCUGCACUAAAACCAUCCGUAUCACUGCCGUCUCCCCGCUCUUUCCUCUCUUGCUCCCUGCAUCCAAACCAUUACGAUUAAAAAAAAAAAAAGAAAAUAGUUACCUGCUGGUUUAUUUGGGUUGUGUCUUAACUAUUUAUCAUGUAUGUAUAUAUUUGUGGGUGAAGACUGUGAGCUUGGUAUUGUUUGAAGAUGGUGGUGAGUGUUUCAAAAAUAUGGUUUGGGAAAUAUGCUUUUUUUGUUUGUUUGUUUUCCUAGUCUUAAAACUAAAAAAAAAAAAACUUGAGUCUGCCAUGAUUAUUUCCCAUUGCACUGAAUAUUCUGCUUUGUCUCUGAUGGUUUCACCUGCAGUUUGGUUUUGGUUUUCUCUACUUCAACAAUUCGAGGUGAUUUUUUUUUUUUUUAAAAGCUCCAGAUGUAAAGAAGAAAAAGAAGAAAAAAGAAAAAAAGCCCUGUCGAAAGCGUCUACUGUUCAUGCUGUAAUUUGCAAGGAACUGCUUGGCCGAAGUCUUUCUGUGAGCAUGGAAGGGGGUGUCCAGCACUUCCACUGGUGCUUCUGUGCGAUAGUUACGGGGUGGGAACAAGAUCUUUUCUAGCGAGGUUUUAUCGUCGUUACCAGAUGGUUGCACAUUUAUUAUUUUUUUUUGACUAAAUGGAUUUGCCACAAUGAAAUGUCAUAACAUUUAUGACAUGAUAUUAAAAAGUGUAUUGUAAAGCCAAGUUCUAGAUGGAUUUUUAAAAAGAAAUCUUGGUUAUAAACCCAGUCUAAAGGGAGCUCUGUCCAGUGUUGUAAAGACAACAUGAUGUAACCCAUAUUUAUAUUUUUAUAAAAUACCUAUUAAGACUGUGAAUCUCCUGUGUGAUUUGCUGGGUGAGUUGUUUAAGAAAAGUAUUGUUCCUUUCCAGCCUCCUGGAGCUUUAGACACGCUGAGAUUUUGGGAAACUGUACGUUGGGGAAGGGGGUUUGCUCUGAAAUUGUGAGUUGAUGUAUUUUUACAUCCCUUUGUAUUUUACUGAAAAGCUGCUGCCCUUCCUAGUCCCUAGAGUUUCAAUUUUCUAUGCAACCCCCACACCCCGCGUCUCUCUUGAUCCUGAGAAGUAAAAGGGAUGCAGAUUGAUUCAAAUUGAAAUGAGGGUCCCCCCCACCCCCCUUGUUGGCUCAUCGUGCUGCUGACCCUUCACGCCAAAACGGGGAGUACAAAAAAAAAAAAAAAAAGUAAAAAAUAAAGAGGCAGGUGGGGGAGGCUCUUUCGUGCAUGACUGGUCGCCUUCCGGCAGUCAUCUUUUUAAUUAUUAUUAUUAUUUUUGUAAGAAGAAUAUAUUGAUAAUGUCAGUGAAAUAAGCAGACAUUGAAGCUGAUGCACAGAUUGCUCCAGAAAGGAGUUUUUCUGUAGAUUUUUCUUUAGAUGCAAAUACCUUUUUUAAUUAUGUUAAUUAAUGUUAAGAAUUUUUAGGCUUAUAUUGAAGCUGUAUGUGGGUCACUAUAUGAUCAUUUCUAACUGGAUAAAGUCUGUACAGUACAGCAUAUUCCUGAGUGUAUGAUAUAGACGUGUAGUCCCAGAGUGCGAAAUUUAUAA